ACUCGGCAAAACCGGUGUGAAGAAGACUGAAACGAUGGCUGUGAUAUCAUGUGCGCAAGCCCUACAAUUUCUACAACCUCGGAAUCUUUCUUUUCCACCAUCUGGCCGGCUCCCAUCCCAAUUCCCCAGGGUUUGCCAUGUUAAGACUCGAGUUUCCUUUAAAUCAAGGAAAACCACUGAUAUUACACCCAAUCUCCUUGUAAGAGCUUCUUCUUCAUCUUCCGAUUUCACAUCCACCAUCGGUGAAAUCCUAGGUGAAGUUAGCAUCUUCACCGCCUCCGGCGAACCCGUGUUAUUCAAGGAUCUCUGGGAUCAGGAGGAGGGAAUGGCUGUUGUUGCACUUCUAAGGCAUUUUGGAUGCCCUUGCUGCUGGGAUCUUGCUUCUGCUCUAAAAGAAUCAAAAGAAAGAUUUGAUUCAGCUGGUGUGAAACUAAUUGCAGUUGGUGUUGGUACUCCUGACAAAGCCCGUAUUCUUGCUGAGCGGUUACCAUUUCCAUUGGAUUGCCUUUAUGCAGAUCCUGAUCGCAAGGCAUAUGAUGUUUUGGGCUUGUACUAUGGUUUUGGCCGUACAUUCUUCAACCCAGCCAGUGCUAAGGUACUCUUGAGAUUUGAGGCUCUGCAGAAAGCUGUAAAGAACUAUACGAUUAAAGCCACUCCUGAUGAUAAAAGCAGCGUCUUGCAACAGGGAGGGAUGUUUGUUUUUAAAGGAAAGCAAUUGGUGUAUGCAAGGAAAGACGAAGGAACAGGUGAUCAUGCUCCUCUAGAUGAUGUCUUUGACGUCUGCUGCAAAGUCCCAGUAGCAUGAAGCCUAACUGCAUGUUUAUCUUUGUGAAAUGAAAAUUGGCAACAAAGUAGUUUAAUUAGAUUUUAUGAGCCUAGUGUAAUGGUAGUGCAAAUACCAUAUGGAACCACAUGUUCUGCGUUAUGUGUAGAUAGUCAAACGGUGUGUACUCAGCAAAAUAUGAUUGUAAAAUUGUAAUUUAAUGUAUAAAAUAGUGCCCUCUAUCUAAACUAGCUUUUUCAAGAGAGAGUUUGUUCUACAUAGUCUUUGGCCAAGUUUGCUUGGCUACGAUGCAUAUCGA